AUGAACUUCGUCGCAUCACUCUCGUCGUCAUCUCUUCGCAUCCAACUUUACCCGUUCCUAUUUGUCUGUCUCUCGGUGUUUAUUCUCUAUCUCGCCCAUAUCCAAAGUUCCAAAAGUGCGGGAUUGUAUUUUGAUGAAGACGAUACUGUUGGAGCAUCAUCGAUGCUGACGAGGAAUAAAGAAGAGUUAGAAUUGAUUGAAGACGAUGGGAAUACGUUUACUGGCGAUCAAACGGAUGCGGAUGAUGAUGCGGACGGAGAGAGUGGUAAUAAUAGUAAUAUGAAUUCGGAAGGACUAUUUGAAUUCAGAGCGUCUUCCUCGAUGGGUGUUUCCCAGGGAGACGACUUUGGCGCGAAUGGUCAAUCAGAUGAAGAGAAUUAUAGUAGUAGUAGUAGUAGUAGUAAUAGUGGCACCAAUACUGAAACUUUAGGUGAAUUCUUGUGUCCACCUGGGAAAUUAAUGUCUCCAUCGAUGAAAUGCGUUUCUAUGAGCGGCGUCCCGGUAUAUACGCCACCAGUCGAGCGCUUGAAUUUGAAAAUCUUUCCAGAUUUGACGGAUUUCUUUGACGCGCACCAGGCGAAAGGGUGCGGGAAAGUUUCGGCGCACCACAUGCCAGAGACUGGAUUUGGUGCGAUUGUUAAUUAUGCAAUUUACGAGUACGCGCAAGCCGCGAAGAGUGGGAAUAAACAGUUUGAUUUUGCGUCGCAUUCCUUGCCUGGAUUCAGCGGUAAGACGUGCGGCGAUCAGAGUUUGGCGUGUUAUGUAAAGCCGCUCUCAAAAUGCGAAAGAGCAUCGAUUGAUGCGAAUCAGGAUAACUUUCAGAAAGCGGAAGAACGGGCGGUUUUGUUGCCAAUUCGAGAAUCUUUGUCGUUCUUUCAUUACCACGCGGCAGUGGCUGCCAGAAUUUGGAGGCCCAAUGCCAAUUUUGCCAAAAAAGUAGCGGAUUUAAAAAUUAAGAUGGGUUGGCCCAAGCCGACAAACUUGGGUGGCGAGAAAGAUAAUAGCAAUAAAGUUAUAUCUGUGCAUGUUCGUAAAGGAGAUAGUUGCGUGGCAGUAGGGCGCACACAGAAAUACGGCGGAUGCGUGAAUUUCGGACGAUACGCGAAAGAGAUUCAACGCAUACGAAACGCCUACGGUAAAGACAUUUUCAAUUUCGUCUUCUUGGCUACCGACGACGACGGUACGGUGAAGGAAGCACGCAAAGAUGCCAAAAGAAACGGAUAUCGACUGUUAGUUGCCCCAGUCGACCGUACUUGGUACUCUCCGAAAACUUGGGAGAAAAAUAGAGACAAAUAUUCCAAAGGCAUGGCCAAAAGGCGCCGUGAAUCGGAUCAUUUUAAAGUUGGAUUCAUCGAAAGAAGGUUGAAGGCGGGAGAUGGCGAUCCAGACAGAGUGGGUGCGGAAACCGCUGCCGACGUAGAGCUCCUUGCCAGCGGCGAUGCUUUUAUCGGCACGUUUACUUCCAACCUAGGACGACUCGCGUUUGAAGUCAUGAGCGCGCGAUUACGAAAAGUCCCGCCGUUUGCCUCCAUCGACGGUAAAGGCUGGUAUUACGGUCAGUCCAAGUGUCGGGAGAAGAAUAGCAAGAAGAAUCCAUGUCCGGUGGCGACCUGGAUGCAAUCUCACGACGCUUCUCCCGCGAAAAGCACGACGUCAAAGAAAAAAGCCGUCGUCAAAGUGAGCACCACCUCUGCGUCCAAAAAUUCCAAGAAAGCCGGCGAGCGAGAGAGUAAAACCAUCGUCGCCGCGAGGAAGAGAGCUUCGUCCGCAAAGGUUGGCGCCAUCGCGAAAACCUCGAAAAAAACUAAUAACAAUAGCAAUAAUAAUAAUAAUAAGAGAGGCAAAUAA